AUGCGUCCUUCCACUUAUGCUGCGUUGUUCGCCGGUACUGCCAUUGCGCAAGGUAGUGCCAGUGCGCAAGAGUCUGCGACAAUCUUCAACCUCUUCCAGUUCGAUAGCACCCUCACCGUGCUUGGUUCCGAUGCCAGCGCAACAACCUACCAGAACAGCUGUCCUUCAGACAAUGCAGGUAUCUCUGCAGUGCCGACCGAUAUGCUAAACACGGAUGACCCGUCUGCGCCUGAUUCAACUCCGAUGCCUACACCCGCGCCUCGCAUGCGCCGUCAGGACGAUGCUUCCAGCGAUGAUUACUCCUUCUGCGAACCUUACACCAUCAUACAAGGUUCUGAGACAUAUGAGAUGCACCUCACAGACCCGAGUCCAGGCGCAUGGACUGUAGACAUCGCCUGCAGUUGGCAAGGUGCGAUGACAACAGCUGACCUAACCUGUGAUGCCACCAACCGCGGAAGCAUCCCAGGUCUCAGUACCACCGAGACGAAGAGUGUUCUGUCGGCGAGCGAGCUACAGGAUAUGGAAGCUUACCAGGAGGUGGCUUUGGUGACUGCAAGCGGUGCGUCUUCAGCGGGAUCAGCUUCAGCGACUCAAACUUCAGCUUCUACUGGCUCAGGGACAGGAGCAACAUCACCGUCAAGGUCUGGAUCUGGCACCGCUGCGACGAGCACAGGUCUUGCACCUGCUGGAUCAAUUCCAAAUGUGAUGGCCCUGGUCGGAGGUUCCAUCGGUGUUUUUGCUGCAGCCAUGGCUUUGUGA